UCCUUAUAUAAAAUUCUUGUACUGUUCAUAAUUUGACUAACGUGGUGUUAAUUCUAACAACCAUGGUACCUACAUUUAAAGGUUAGAAUACAUUGUUAACGUGGUACCUUUAUUAAAGAUUCAAGUUACAAUGAAUUCCAAUGACUUUCAAAUGAGAUUAAUUAACAGCGAAAAGGGUAAAGGACUUUUUGCUCUUCGUUCAUUUAAAGAUGGAGAUACAAUUUUGGAAGAGAAGCCUAUAGUCUGCUGUCAGUUCUCAUGGAAUUUGGAUUAUAAAUAUUUAGCAUGUGACAAUUGUUUAAAACCGCUAGAAACUGCUGAAGAAAAUGUACAUAGAUUGACUGGAAAUUCAACAAUUAUUUUACCUCAUCCAGAAUGCUGUGAAACAAAGAAAGAUUUAAUAACUGAAUGUUCUGAAUGUGGUACAAAAUAUUGUAGUAUUGAGUGUCAGAAUGAAGCCUAUUCAAGGUAUCAUAGUACACUAUGUUUACACUCAAGAGAAAGGGAUGAAUCUCAUCCCCUUGUACAAUUAAAUGAAACUUGGAAACAAAUGCAUUAUCCACCUGAAUCUGCAACAAUAAUGUUAUUAGCUAGAAUGGUAGCUCUUGUUAAUCAAGCCAAUAAUAAAGAAGAUAUGCUAUCAACAUUUUCACAAUUUUGUCAUCGUACAUACAAUGAUACAUCUGAAAUUGCACAUAAACUGUUAGGAGAAAAAUUUAUUGGUCAAAUAGAUGUACUCAGACAAAUGAUGCAAAAAUCUUUAAACACAGAAUUUACAGAACAUUGGUUUACACCAGAUGGCUUUAGAAGUCUAUUAGCUCUUGUAGGUACAAAUGGUCAAGGAAUUGGAACUAGUUCAUUUAGUCGUUGGGUUAAAAAUGUAUCUGCUUUAGAGCUGCCUGAAGAAGAAAGAAUUUAUGUUUUUAAAUUAAUAGAUCGAAUUUAUGAUGAUAUGGAAGAAGCGGUAGGUUCUUUCUUAAACAAUGAAGGUUCUGGUCUUUAUAUUCUUCAGUCUGCAGUAAACCACAGUUGUAUACCAAAUGCAAUUGUAGAAUUCCCAUACUCAAAUAAUGUACUAGUUUUAAAAGCAAUACGUGAUAUUCAUCCUGAAGAAGAAAUAUGUAUAAGUUAUCUUGAUGAAUGUGACUUAGAAAGAAGUAGACAUUCUAGACAAAAAGCUUUAAGUUCUUUGUAUUUAUUUAUUUGUUGUUGCAGUAAGUGUUUAUCACAAACAAAUGAUCCAGAUUUGACAUCAGAAGACGAAAUAGAUGAAAUAGACGACAAUAUGUCUAGUUGAAAAUGUAAAUUUUUUACGAUAUUCGUAUCUAGAAACGUAUUUUAUAAUGUUCAUAUACAUCUCAGUAUAUUCACUGUUCGAUAUACAUUUAAUUUAUAUUGUUACAAUAAUGCUAUCUAAGCAUAAUUAUAAAAUUUGUAAUUUUUUUUUUUAUACAACUUUAUCUUUUGUAUGCUUCUUUAACACAAAUAUAAAACUUUUUGCAAUAUGAUAAUAUAAAUAAAGUGAAAGAGUUAUAAAGGUAUUAAACCGCUAAUAAUACUACAUAUAUUAUAUACCGCUUUUGAACAAAAAUUAUUUUAUUUAUGACAAAAUAUCAAAUAAAUCAUGUUGUUUCAUGAUAUUGUUACAUCACAUUUUUAUGUAAAGUUUCUUGUUAUUAAUGUUACAUCCUUUUUUAUUUUAUGCACUAC